AUGGAAAGCGAAAAACAAACUACUGAGAGAGAGACACCGCCUCAGCACUGGACAAGUUGCAAGUUGAUUAUUGACCCUGCUUUGACAAAAGGACUGUACAAAGUGUACCGUUAUGAUGGACAACAGUUUAACAUACCCGUUGAGGACUUAGGUCUGUUUCCUGUGGAGACAGUCAGAGAUCCCCGCAUCUGCCGCCUCUGGAGCAAAUGCAACAAGACUGAUCUGCUGAUUUCUAAAUUUAAGGUUGAUGAGUGGUAUGUUGGUCCUGUUCCUCCCAAAGAAGUGACAUUUUCUGGGUUGAACGACAAUGUGAGGGAGGCGUUCUUGACUCAUAUGUGCAAUAAAUAUGGCAACCUUGAAGAAGUGGAAAUAUUUUACAAUCCUAAGAACAAGAAGCAUUUAGGGAUUGCAAAGGUCGUCUUCGACACAGUGAAGGCCGCAAAAGACACUGUCAAGCACCUCCAUCAGACGUCAGUGAUGGGAAAUGUUAUUCAUGUGGAAAUUGAUCCUAAAGGAAACAAAAAUAUCUUAUGUGAAAACAGGGCACAAUAUCUCCAGCUCCUCUUACGGGGCCUUUGUACUCCUUGGACUCUACCAGUGGGUAGCAAUGAGCGAGCUAUUCAAAGCUCAAUCGACAGUUUGCUGGGCAGCACAGCCACGCAGCGACAGGGGAGUUUCUCCAGCCCCACCAGCAUCGCCACACCCCUCUCUCUGGACACAGCCUACUCCAGUAUUUGGCAGGACACACCUUGCAGCUUUGGGCUUACGCCACGUUCUCAGGGAACCCCCCGCACGCCUUGCUUCUCUGCGACUCCUCUCUCCCAGGACUCUUGCUACUCCAGUCUUCAGGCAACUCCCGUCCUCCAGGGGGAGCCCUCCACUUACAGUGUUCACAAACAUUUGAGACGAGAGUUCUGUCGUCGCAAACCUGCGAGGUAUCACAGAGGAUCUAGCGAAGUAUCAGAUGUCACUCUAAUUUUGAAGCACUGCCAGCCACAGCCACCACAUCCCCUCUCCAUCCAAAGUAGCAGCCAGCAGCUUGCACUGUGGGAUCACGGUGCACAAUCCUCUUCUCAAAAUACUGCGGAACGUUCAUUUGACCUGGCCUCCUCCUGCCAGGAGUCCAGGGACGUGGUCACCGCUACCUCCAAGCCUUUACAACAGAACUGCAAUUCUUUCAGCAUCCUGAGCAUUAAUUUCACAGCUGACCGGCAGACAGCAGCAUCCUCCCCACCUGAUGAUCAUGCACGCAUAACAGAGUUAUCUCCAUCUGCUGGUAACUGUUCACCUAGCAGCCCCCCGCCAGAGGGGGGGAGUUUGGACUCCCGGAUUGAAAGUUUGCUGACAAGCAGCCAGUUUAGUGAUCCCUCAUACUUUGAUAGAAAGAUUUUUGAGGCUGAUGUGCACUCUCAGGACAGCCCGACUUCACCUUGCUCCGCUUUCUCAGAUGACUCGCUUGUUUGUGACCUCACAAACAGUCACCAGCAUUCCUGCAAUUAUCUGGGGGAUGUCAGUUCAGCAACACUUGUUGAAAAUGAAGAAGAUGAAACGGCACAAGCUGUUUUGUUUCUAACAAGAAGUGCCCAGUCUCCGUCUGAUUUCACACACACUGAAAGUAUAGCUCACUUAAAUGAAAAAGAGGCAGAGAGGUUCCAGUCUUUUUCUCGUCCAAAGGAUUAUCCUGCAGCAAAUGAAGACAAGGAGCACUCAGCUUUGACACCUAUAAAACACAUCACCCCUCCUCCUCAGCCUCCAUCCUUUUCUUCUCUCAAUAGCACCACUCAGCUGACUACCUCCAGAGCUCCUCCUGCUGUCCAGUCUGGGUGCUCCCAUCCACCAGUCAUCCCUUUUCCUUUCCCCAUUCCUCCCUUUCCACCACCUGUCCCACCUCGCCUGCCAAAUGGCACCAUCCCCAUCCCACCUCCAGGCUGGAUCCCACCUCCAGGCCAUCACACCGCAAUUCCCAUUCCUCCUCCCCCUAUUCUUCCUCCUCCUUCAAUACCUCCCCCACCAACUUUUCUCAGACCACCUCCACCUUUAAUUGUGCAGCCUUCUGCUCCUCGUCCUGUGCACACGUAUCCCAUACCCACGCUGCCGGCAGGCUCUCUGGAGAAGGGGAAUCCUCCAAGGCAUCGCAGUGCACCUUUGCCAUUCCCAACCAUUCCGCGACCACCCUGGCCUGCUCCUUCUUUUCCCAGGUUUAACCCCUUUGUGCCACCACCAGACUACCCACUUGUGUGGGAAAACCCUCAUAAGGUCACAGUAGAAAAAGUUUUAGAAGUCAUCAUGGAUGAACUGAAGUCAAUCAUUAAAAAGGACAUUACACGUAGAAUGGUGGAAGGAAUCGCUUUCAAGGCAUUUGAGGACUGGUGGGACUGUCAAGAGAAGACAACGAAAAUACAAGUUUCUCCUUUGAAAAGUGGAGCAACAUGUGCUGAAGUGAGGAAAAAUCAAAUUAAUCCCCUCAAUCGCAUCAGUGGCCAGGGCAAAAAACCUCCACUGCCAUCCUUCAAGGUAAAAAGGAAAAGACCUGAUGAUACGGCUACAUCAGAAGAGACAGGAAAUGUGUCGUGUUGUAAUAAUAAAAGCUCUGAUGUGAAACAGGGGGAUGAUAAAAUGACACCCGAGAGAGCCAAACGCAGACAUGCAAGACCACAUGAGCUUGACAGUGAUGAAGAUGAUGAUGAAGGGAGGGAAGAAGAUAACGCACCUCAGGAGGAAGAAAUAACAUCAGACAAAGUGGAGGCUAUUGUUACAGUUGAUCAACCUCAAAUCCUGUGCGACAGAGAUGAUCACGAUGAUGGCGAUGACAGGAAUCAUUCUGAGGAAGAAAAGGAGACCGCACAAAAACACACAGAGGAUGAGGAUGCUGUCAUCUUCCCAACCAGUGAUGGAGUGCAGCACUCAGAUAGCGAGGCUUGUUCGGAGAGCAGCUCCUCAGAGGAAAGUGACUACUCGUCAGACUUCGACUCCACUGACUCAUUCUCCUCCGAGAGCUUUGAGGACUUGUCCUACUCUGACCUUAGUCUUGAAGAUGAAGAUAUGGAGGAGGACGGUGACAGGAGUGGCGAGUGUAUCGUCAUAUCAUCAGAUGAAGAGUCGAUGGAGCUGGAGCCUCCCGUCACCCCCUCAGCCCCGCUAACCCCUGGUGCUCAGCUGGACUGGGCAGAUCCAUUUCAUAGAGAGGGAACUGAAGAGAACCAGUACGCAUCCUGUCAACGAGACACUUGUGACUUGGAUGUCACGAUGGAGCUCCAAACCAGUGAACCCCAGGACCACCUGCAGCCUCCAUCGCCUAUAGGACUGCCAGCAGUUGAGCCACACCUUGAUGUAGAGAUGGGGAGCCCUGAAUGGAUGGAAGAGUCCCUCAGGUACAUAGAAAUCCCGAGGCCUCUCACUCCUACUGGCUACUUGCUGGACAGCGACCCUGAACUGAUAAGAAGCAAACCUACAUCCCCAGCUGUUGAGGAGGUGGAACGACCACAAACACCGGGAAAGGGGAUUGUGGCUGAAUUUGAAAGUGUGGACUCUGCCGAUGAAGUCCUCUCCCUCUCUCCAGCAGGCACUGAGCAUGUUCUAGCGCCCUCUGAUCUCCCGCCCUUGUACCCAUCAUACCAGGAUAUGCCCAAAACUCCUGGUCGAGAGGAUAGAUGUGAGUGGACUCAAUACAGCUCUGGGAGAGCUCCAGCAACGCCGGGCAGAGAGACGAUCACAUCAGAAGUUAGCAUAGCGGUGUGCCCAACUGCUAGCAGCCCACCUCCUGUGCCAUGCCUUUCUAGUAAUCCAUAUAUCACAGCCCCAAAGACUCCUGGAAGAGACAUCAUCAUACCUCAAAGAGCCAUAGUCCACAGGAGGAAAACACGUCUGGUGACGACUUUACAGCCCCUGUUGUCUGAUUCUCUCGGAGGCUCCCCUAUCUCAGUGUCCUCCCCAUGCAGCCUCUCUGAGUCUGAUGCUGCGGAUGGGAGGGACAUGUGGAUCAGUUCAGGUGUGAGAAUGAAGCCCUUGCAGGGACUGGAGAACGUGCCUGGGCUUCUGGAUGAGGAGAAUAGAAGAGAGACAGAGAAAUCUUCGUUAAGGAGGAAACAUUGGAGGCGGUUAAGGAGGAGGUGGAGAAAGCAUCGUCGGCGGAGAUCACUUAAAAGAAUCACUGGUUCUCUCUCCUCUCAGAGUCGUCCUCACAGGUGGCGUUCACCCUUUGAGGAGAGGAGGAUACUGCAUAGUGUUUGGAAGGAGGGCCUGGAUGAAGAAGACGCGAGGCUGCUGCAGUGGACAUAUGAAAGGCUGCAGGCGCGGGAUAAUGGCUUCGGGUGGAUCAGUGACACCCUGUGGAUACCUCACCCUCUGACUAAAGUCCUCACAGAGAGGAGUGAGGAGCACAGAUCCUGGCUGCCAAAUCACAUUACCGGCUCUGCUCGCAGUGAAGGGUUCUACAAAAUCAGCAGGAAAGAUAAAAUGAAAUACCUCAACAACACAAAGCUCACUGCUGAGCUUCCAUCCACAAGUAAUAAGGGAAUGUGCAAUCCAGCCCAGCAGUCGACCUCACUGCGUGCUGGAUCUGACUUCAGGUGUGAACAGCGUCGCCUGCUGUCCUCUUUCAGCUGUGAUAGUGACCUGGUCAAGUUCAACCAGCUGAAGUUCCGAAAGAAGAGGAUUCGUUUCAGCCGGAGUGAUAUUCAUGAGUGGGGCCUGUUUGCAAUGGAGCCGAUAGCGGCAGAUGAGAUGGUGAUUGAAUAUGUGGGUCAAAUCAUCAGACAGGUCAUCGCCGACAUGAGGGAGCAGAGAUAUGAGGAGGAGGGCAUUGGGAGCAGCUAUUUGUUUCGGGUUGAUCAAGACACCAUCAUUGAUGCCACCAAAUGUGGGAACUUAGCCAGAUUUAUAAACCACAGUUGCAAUCCUAACUGUUAUGCAAAGAUCAUCACUGUGGAGUCUCAGAAGAAGAUAGUGAUAUACUCCCGGCAGCCGAUAAGCAUCAAUGAAGAGAUCACAUACGACUACAAGUUUCCCAUUGAAGAAACAAAGAUUCCUUGUCUGUGUGGAGCAGAUAGCUGCCGGGGCUCCUUGAACUAAUCUCUAAUCAAGUGCCCUGAUUAUAUCAGCAUCCAAAUUUCCCUGAGGUACUGUACAAUAUAGACACAGACCCUGAAUGUGUUAAAAAAAAAGACAUUUAAAUACUAUUCAAAACUUUACAGCCAAU